AUAGAAGUAACAAACUCUGUGAACAUAAAUAAUAAAUAUUUGAAAAUAUAAUGAAGUGUCUGCUAAAAAUAGUUGUUAUAAUAUUUGUUUUGAAAGGAAGUAACAUUUCUGUUACUAACGGUCUAUAUUUGCUGGGUGGAUCAGAUGACGUUGAUUUGAUGUCCAAUACGUCGGACAUAUUGAGUAACUACUGUGAAAGUUGCAAAUGGGGUGUGGCAUUGCUUAAUCGUUAUUUAAAGGCCGGCGAGAGUGAUGAGCGAAUUUUAACAAUUGGAAUUAAAUUAUGCAUCACUUUAAAAAUUCAAACGCCGAAUGUUUGUGAAUUAGGCAUCCGUUUAUUCGGCCAAGAGAUUAUACGGCUGGCUAAAAUAGUGAAUAUGACCUCAUCUGAAGUGUGCUAUUUUAUUCUGGAUGAUAUGUGUGAAGAAAGUGUUGUAAAUGAGAGACAUACAUGGAAUGUUUCACUUAAAACAUUGCCAAAGCCAAAAGUUAGGGAAAUUCCAUUGCCAAAAGAAAAUGCACCAAAACUAAAAGUUUUGCAUAUCUCCGACACACAUAUGGAUCCACUGUAUUUAGAAGGUUCUAAUGCAGCCUGCAAUGAGCCGUUGUGUUGCCGUGAAACCGACGGCCAAGCAAAUUCAACUUAUUCCGCCGCAGGGAAAUGGGGCGAUUAUAGAUGUGAUUUACCAACACGAACUAUCGAACAUUUUUUGAAUCACAUUAUGGAAACACAUAAGGAUAUUGAUUACGUAAUUUGGACGGGAGAUGUCGUGCCACAUGACGUGUGGAUUCAAACAAACGUAGAAUUAAUGAAUGUCAUCGAAGAAACUAUCAUAUUGGUAUCCGAAAAACUGCCAGGAAUAAAAGUUUUCCCAGCAAUCGGCAAUCAUGAACGAGCACCAGCCAAUUUUUUUCCAACAUCAAAUCAAGAUAGUUCGAUAUCUUUAUUUUAUAACGAUAUCGAUACACUGUGGAGUCGUUGGUUAUCAAUAAAUACCUCACGAACGUUGCGAAAAGGAGCGUUUUAUUCAACAUUAGUACGACAUGGUCUUCGAAUAAUCUCGUUAAAUAUGAAUGUUUGUUCCAAUUUGAACUUUUGGCUGCUCACGGAGUCAAAAGAUCCGUCCGAAGAAUUAGAAUGGCUCAUAAAUGAACUGCAAUCGGCCGAAAAUGCCAAUGAGAAAGUGCAUAUAAUCGGGCACAUUCCACCAGGCAAUCAAGACUGCUUGAGAAUAUGGUCUCACAAUUAUUAUGACAUUAUAGCACGAUUCGAGAAUACUGUUGCUGCUCAAUUUUUUGGACACACACAUUUUGACGAGUUUGAAGUAUUUUAUGACCCAAAAAACUUAAGUCGUGCAACAAAUAUUGCAUACGUCGGUCCAUCGCUGACUAGUUACUGGGAUCUGAAUCCCGGUUAUCGAAUUUAUUAUAUUGAUGGUGAUCACAAUGAUACAACUCGAAUGGUUGUCGACCAUGAAACGUGGAUUUUGGAUUUAGAAGAGGCCAAUAUUCUCAAUAAUCCAAUUUGGCGAAAAUCUUAUUCAGCAAAACAUGCAUAUUCGAUGAAAGGGCUACGACCGAUCGAUUGGGAUGGUCUUAUCAAACGAAUGGAAAAUGAUGAUGACUUAUUUGAUUUGUACUUCAGAAAUUAUUGGAAACAAUCACCAUUUCGACCCGAAUGUGAUACUGAGUGCAAAAGAGACAUAUUGUGUCAGGCCAAAAGUGGACGUAGCCAUGAUAAAUCACAUCUCUGUCCAGAUUUAAAAACAAUACCACAUGAAACCGGCCCAGAUUUGACCCCAAUGAAUGCACAUGCAGAACCUUUGCAACAAUUAAGCAUAGUUUGUAUUUGGAUUUAUAGUCUUUAUGUUUUGACGACGAUAUGCUGCCGUUUUACUUAACUUCAAAAUAUGAUUCAAAUUUUUAAUUUUUAAAAA